UGCCCUCACACAAAUACACAAUAACAAUAAUAACACAGAGAUAUCACCUUUAGGGUUAGUGCAGUGAAUACUUAAAGACUACACACUGUGUUAAUGCGUGUUAAUAUUCAGUCGUAUCAUUUUACUUUCACUUUGUUGGGGUGGGCCUGUCCGGUGGAAACACUGAGAAGUUAAAGUAACUUCCACAACACGGAAGUGAUUAGCUAAGACACCGCGCGCCGCAGCACGCGGUGAAAACACGGAGAAGAGUCAGACUCACCUGCUGCCUGAUGUUCGACUCACAAACACCCGGACAGUUGAGCAAUGUGUCGGUCACCCUUCAGCUCCGGCUGUUUGUGGAGCAACGGCAAGUCACACAGCGCUUCCGGAUGUUUUCCACGGCUGUGCUGCUCGUCGCGCUCGGCGUUUUUGCGCAUCUGGAAACUUUUACGCACGGGUGCCAGCUCCCCUCCGAGUGGCGGCCGCUGAGUGAGGGCUGCCGGGCUGAGCUGGCGGAGAUCAUCGUGUACGCCCGGGUCCUGGCGAUCCACCGGGAGCCCCUAGGCGGCGGGGCGGGUAGCCUGUACAACUCGCUGCCCUUCGGGUUCGGGUAUGGGUACGAGGGCGCGGAGGAAGGGCUUCUGUACACAGCGGAGGUGGAGUUGCUGUGCGAUCAGGCCUGGGGCAGCAUGCUGGAGGUGCCCUCUGGAUCCAGGCUCAACCUGACCGGACUGGGCUAUUUGUCCUGCCAGUCCCACACCGUGAUGGAGAAUUACUCCUACUUUUUCUUCCUCAGGAUGGAUGAGAACUACAACAUCCUCCCCCAUGGCGUCAACUUCCAGGACGCCAUCUUCCCCGAUGCGUCUGACAACAGACGCACAUUCUCCAGCCUCUUCCAGUUCUCCAACUGCACCCAAGGAAGCCAGCCCUUCCACACCUUCAGCCCCGAGUGGGACACCCAGGAGGACAGCAGGCUGCUGUGUUCCUCAGUGCAGACCGCACUGUUCGAGGAGGAGGAGCGAGGCCGCAAGAUGCGGGAGCGCCUGGCCGCGGUGGAGAGGAGGAACCGGCAGCUGAAGGAACGCGUGCGGAAGGUGAAGCGCUCCCUGCGGAACGCCCGCAAGGCUGCACGCAAGGCCGAGCAGGAGGCGCAAGAGCUGCAAGAGAAGCUGACGGCUGCAGAGCGGAGGGUGGGGCAUCAUCUCAACUCCAUUACACAGGAGAAGCCUCCACCCGGGCAUUAUGCAAGCACCACGAUACGCAAGCGAAUGCAACUUUAAUUCUCACACCUGCCCCUAACUGCCCCUCACCUGGACUGAAAACUGGCCGUGGAGAACGACAGAUUGCUGGGUGGUCUCUGUGUGAGGGACAAAGAAAUAGCAACUGUCACAUAUGAGUAAACACACUUUUAAAGUAAUAAUCUACAUCAUUUUCUUCAAUAAAUAAACAUUUCCGUCUC